AUGAGAACACUUGAACAAAUUCAAAACAAUCUUAAGAAAAAAAUUCAAAGUGGAUUAAACUUAAAAAAAUUGAAUAAAAUACAAAAACAGUACAUUUCGAAGAGAAAAAAAAACCAACAGAAGCAGAGAUUAAUGAAACAAUUAAUCUUGAAAAAAAUUGCAAAAAAUAUAUAGAAAUGAAGCAGAGAUAAAACUAAAUGAUGAAAUAGAAAAACCAAAAGGAUUUGAACUUAUUACCAAGGGAUUAAAAAAAGUUGAAGAAGCUGUUAGAAAAACUGAUGAUGAUAUUAAAUCAUUUUUAGUUCCUGUGAAACCAUUAACACAAACAUCACAUUUUAUUACCAAACAACAUAAAAUGAUACGAGAUAGAGACUUAGAAACAGAAAUUAAAAAUUUAAUUAUUAAUAACAAAAUAGGAGUUAUUGCAGCCCAUUAUUUACCCUAA